AUGCAGGUCGAGAAUUGCAUCUCGCCCGGGAGUGAUCUCUCCAAGAAAUUUAUGAAUGUGGGCAGUGGCUUUUCGAGCUCCGAUGGAUCAGAGCUUUCGUUGCAGGACCAUCCUAUUAUAUGUGCAAGUGACAACCUGGAGAGAAGUUCACCUCUGAAAAAAAACUCCAGGGAGAUGACGAAUCAGUCAGAGGCAGACAAUUUUCCCGACUCAAAGGACGCAUCAGGGGACGUCCAGAGGGGCAAACUCUCUCCUGAUCUUCACGGAGUCUCUGACAUCCGUCAUAAUUUCGAUGGAUCUGCAGGAGAAAGGUGCAUCUUUUCUCCAUCCACCCAGCCACAGUCAAUCUCAGCAGCUCCCAGUGCCAUGUUCCCUUACCCGAGCCAGCAUGGACCAGCGCAUCCGGCUUUCUCUAUUGGAAGUCCCAGCCGCUAUAUGGCCCAUCACCCGGUCAUAACGAAUGGAGCUUACAACAGCCUUCUGAGCAACACGUCUCCGCAAGGCUACCCGGCUGCGGGCUACCCGUAUGCGCAACAGUAUGGACACACUUACCAAGGAGGGGCUUUUUACCAGUUCUCCACGGCGCAGGCAGGACUGGUUCCGGGGAAGGCGCAGGUGUACCUGUGCAACAGGGCCCUGUGGCUGAAGUUUCACAGGCACCAAACAGAGAUGAUCAUCACAAAGCAAGGACGACGAAUGUUCCCGUUUUUAAGCUUCAACAUCUCUGGCCUCGACCCAACUGCGCACUACAAUAUAUUUGUGGAUGUUAUACUUGCUGAUCCAAAUCACUGGCGAUUUCAAGGAGGCAAGUGGGUGCCAUGUGGGAAGGCAGACACAAAUGUAAUAGGAAACAGGGUUUAUAUGCAUCCGGACUCACCAAAUACUGGUGCGCACUGGAUGCGUCAAGAAAUAUCAUUUGGAAAGCUAAAGCUGACAAACAACAAAGGUGCCUCCAACAACACGGGGCAGAUGGUGGUUCUCCAGUCUCUCCACAAGUACCAGCCCAGGCUCCAUGUGGUGGAAGUAAACGAGGAUGGGACAGAGGACACCAGCCAACCAGGACGAGUCCAGACUUUCACCUUCACAGAAACGCAGUUCAUCGCCGUCACAGCUUACCAGAAUACCGACAUUACGCAGUUGAAGAUUGAUCACAAUCCGUUUGCUAAAGGAUUUCGGGACAACUAUGACACUGUCUACACAGGCUGCGACAUCGACCGCCUAACUCCAUCACCGGGUGACUCUCCGCGUUCACAGAUCGUGCCGGGUGCGAGAUAUGCCAUGCCUAGCUCUUUCCUGCAGGACCAAUUUGUCAGCACUUAUGCCAAAUCUCGCUUUCACCCUGGCAUGGGGACUGGUCCUGGCACGGAGCGCAGCGUCCCACUCGGCAACAGCUUGCUAUCCCCGCAGCAAACCGAGGAGCCCACUGUUGCCACCCCCCCGCAGCGAUGGUUUGUCACCCCUGCCAACAACCGACUGGACUUUGCUGCCUCGGCAUACGACGCCGCUGAUUUCGCCGGUAACGCGGCCACCUUGCUGUCCUACGCAGCGGCCGGAGUGAAGGCUCUUCCCCUGCCGACUGCAGGCUGCUCCAACCGGCCUCUUGGCUAUUACGCAGACCCGUCAGGCUGGGGAGGACGCACGCCACCGCAGUACUGCGGCGUGAACAGCAAAUCCAGCUCGGUCUUUUCCUGCUGGCCCACUAACUCUAUCGGUGGCAGAGCGGGCACCAACUACCUGGCCGAGGAGGGAGACUCCAUCCCGACGGAGCGGUCACCGAUCGGCGGCUCGGAGGAGACCAAACCCAAAGACAUGACAUCAGAGUCGAACUGGAUAGAGACGCCGUCCUCCAUUAAGUCCAUCGACUCGAGCGAUUCUGGCAUCUUUGAACAGGCCAAAAGGAGACGGAUCUCACCUUCUGCCACGCCGGUUUCAGAGACAGUGUCCCCGUUAAAAUCAGAGCUGCUGACACCGAGAGAGUGUGAGAAAAACUGCACAAAGGACAUUGGUUAUUACAGUUUCUAUCCUCACAGUUAA